GAUAAUCUCAGUGACACCUUAAAGAAACUGAAGAUCACAGCUGCUGACAGGACAGAGGACUGCUUAGAAGGAUGCUUGGAUUGUCUGCUUCAAGCCUUGGCUCAAAAUAACACAGAAACAAGUGAAAAAAUACAAGGAAGUGGAAUACUUGAGUUAUUUGCAAAUCUGUUGACGCCACAGUCUUCCUGCACAGCCAAAGCAGCCAACAUCAUAGCAGAAGUAGCCAAAAACGAAUUUAUGCGAAUUCCAUGUGUAGAUGCGGGAUUGAUCUCACCUCUGGUGCAGCUGUUAAACAGCCAAGACCAGGAUGUGCUGCUCCAGACGGGCAGGGCGCUAGGAAACAUAUGCUACGACAGCCAUUCCCUUCAAGCUCAGCUAAUCAAUAUGGGUGUUAUCCCAACCUUAGUGAAACUACUGGGCAUCCACUGCCACAAUGCUGCUCUUACAGAAAUGUGUCUUGUUGCCUUCGGGAAUUUAGCAGAACUCGAGUCAAGUAAAGAACAGUUUGCUAGUACAAACAUUGCUGAGGAGCUGGUAAAACUUUUCAAGAAACAAAUAGAACAUGAUAAAAGAGAAAUGAUUUUUGAAGUUCUAGCUCCUCUGGCAGAAAACGAUGCUAUUAAACUGCAGCUGGUUGAAGCAGGGUUGGCAGAGGGUCUGCUAGAGAUUGUUCAGCAGAAGGUGGGUAGUGACAAAGAGGACGACAUUGCUGAGCUGAAAACGGCGUCCGAUCUAAUGGUUUUGUUACUUCUUGGAGAUGAAUCCAUGCAGAAACUUUUUGAAGGAGGGAAGGGCAGUGUGUUCCAGAGGGUCCUUUCCUGGAUCCCGUCGAAUAACCACCAGCUGCAGCUUGCUGGGGCAUUAGCAAUUGCAAAUUUUGCCAGGAAUGAUGGGAACUGUAUUCAUAUGGUAGACAAUGGAAUUGUAGAAAAGCUCAUGGACUUGCUGGACAGACAUGUGGAAGAUGGCAACGUGACUGUGCAGCACGCAGCACUAAGUGCCCUCAGGAAUCUAGCCAUUCCAGUUGUAAAUAAAGCAAAGAUGUUAUCAGCCGGGGUCACAGAGACAGUUUUGAAAUUCCUUAAAUCUGAAAUGCCCCCGGUUCAGUUCAAACUCCUGGGGACGCUAAGAAUGUUGAUAGAUGCACAAGCAGAAGCUGCUGAACAACUGGGAAAGAAUGCUAAAUUGGUGGAGCGUUUGGUGGAGUGGUGUGAAGCCAAAGAUCAUGCUGGUGUGAUGGGAGAGUCAAACCGACUGCUCUCGGCCCUCAUACGACACAGUAAAUCAAAAGAUGUAAUUAAAACCAUUGUACAGACUGGUGGCAUCAAGCAUCUAGUUACCAUGGCAACUAGUGAGCAUGUAAUAAUGCAGAAUGAAGCUCUUGUUGCUUUGGCACUAAUAGCAGCUUUGGAAUUGGGUUCUGCUGAGAAAGACCUUGAAAGUGCUAAGCUUGUACAGAUUCUCCACCGACUGCUAGCAGACGAGAGAAGUGCCCCGGAAAUCAAAUACAACUCCAUGGUCCUGAUCUGUGCUCUUAUGGGAUCUGAAUCCCUGUACAAGGAAGUGCAGGAUUUGGCCUUUCUAGAUGUUGUAUCCAAACUUCGAAGUCAUGAGAACAAAAGCGUCGCCCAACAGGCCUCUCUUACAGAGCAGAGACUUACAGUGGAAAGCUGAGACCGGCCCCUCCUGGCACAAGGCGUCCCCCCAGCUGACCACCCCACCGUUCUCCAUCCAGCGGCUGCUUCAGCGCCACCCUCUACUACAUCACCUGUGCAUGCAUGCAAUGUUCCAGUACCAACCGAAGAACUCUCUAGGUACCUGCCUAAUAAGAUUUCUCCACCCAUAGUUAAUGUGAACAUGACUGUCCAAACAAGUCUCCACCCAUAACUGUUAUCCUGUAUCCCUGAUGCUUGAGCUACAUUAAGUAGAAUGUGCAUGUUGUAGCCCUAUGAAGAUGUAAACUUGCUCUUCACAUGCAGUAAGCUACAUAACAAUGUACUGGUAAAUUAGAAACGAAGAAUGCAGCAGGAUCUGUCUAGCUUAUUUAAAGAUGACCCCGAACAGUAAUGAUAGCACCAUAUUUUUUGGUACUCGGGAAGCACAGUGAUCGAAACGGCUGUAUGGCUGCUCAUUCGUUAGUCUUCUCCAAAUGGCAGGCCCGUUGUGCCCAGAGUUGGAUAGAUUCAGCACUCACUCUUUCCCUGUGGUUUUUCCUUUUUCUGAACUGUGUAGGCAAUUUGUCAGACAACAUGGCAGGACUUCCUUGGGCUUCUCGUUCCAUCUUUAACUGACAGUGAUGCAGAGGCCCCAACGCUGAAACGUGGUUUUCAGUGUGAUUGGAACAAAGGGGUUAGAGAAACCCUGGCAUCCUGGACCCCUUUGGAUCUCGCCUGUAUUUUACAUGCAGUUUGUGUGCAGUUACAUCCAAAACUUCCAUCAGUUAACUAGCAUUGUCUAACACGUGUUUCUAAAACUUAAUAGCCAUGUGUUUCAACUAAGAAAAGUUGAGAACAGCCUGUUUGAUGGAGAACGGACUUUGCCCCCGUUUUUCAUCUUUCAGGCUGAAAGCAAGGGGUUUCAUCUUUCAUACUCCUUUUAAAUACUGUGCUAAUUGUAGGUGGAUAUAAGAGGAAGCAUGAAGAUGUAAACUAAAGGAGAAGGAGGCCAGUUUUAAAAGCCAUAGUAGCCAGUCCGGUACGUUCUGCAGAUGGCCUCCUAGCGGUCACUGUUAGAGUCCCUCACCUCCACUUUCCCACUGAGAACCACAGUAAUCUCACCGGCUGCAAGCCAGGGCUCGAUGUAAGGAACCUUCUUGGCAAAAAUGUAGUGUGCUCGUCACUGCCACUAACCACCACCAAGUGAGUCUUUAGAGCUUUGACACACAAUCUUUAUAAAUUAAUCAGGACUCCCUGUGACCUGCCUUCUCGCACCCAAGUCUGACUCCUGCUGAUAAUAGAAGGGGGUGGGCUCCUUUACAGGACUGGGGGGCAGUGAGAGGGGCUGCUGAAGAGGGGACCAGCUCUUUGCUCCCCAACAGGAGAUACAUGUAUCUCUGCAUUAUCUAAAUCAGACUUUGGUUUUCACACUUUUCAAUUCAAGAAGGAUUUACUUAAUGUAAGUAAAAACCCGACUGACAAUUUCCCUGUGAUGUUCAAAUAAGGGAACUAUUGUGAGCGCUUGUGCUACACUUAUUGUAGGAAUGAGCUCUUUAAUGUCUUUCUCCUGGGCUGAAUAAGUGGACUAAUGUUGCAUAAUUCUGUCCAUAUUAAUAACUUAAUAAAUAAAUAAAUAGUAUAUGAAACUACA